UGUUAAUUAAAUACUGAAAUACAGGGUGUUCGCUAAUGUCCUGUUUUUUGUUACACAUUUCGUCGUGUUCCUAGAAUUACUGUCAUACAGAAUUUUAAAAUCAGCCAACUUGACUUGAAAUUAUCAAAAACAAUACAAGCAUUUUCCACACAGUAUCUGAAUGAAUUUAGUUUGUUUGGUAGAAGUUCAUUUAAUUUUGGCAUUUUGUGCUUAAUUAGUUUGUUUGUAUGUGUUUGGUGUUUUUGUAAUUAAUGUAAAAUGUUCUCCAGUUCUGUUCUUAAAUCUAUACGAUGAGUCACCACUCCAACAAAAGAAGAAUCCGAUACGGGAUGUAUUUAGUUUCGUCUUAUCUCCUUCAGCAAACAAAUAAAUAUUUCCAAGAAAUAUUCAUCCCUCUAAUCAUGUUUAAGAACUCAUUACGGGACGCAUUAACAUAAUGAUCGGAGUGGUAGGUAUGAAGUAUGUCGUUUCUUGUUGCGUUAGCGUCCUUCAGACUUUCAGUGUAGCAGAAGCACGAGUUAGUGAAACACGUGCAGAGAUAAAGUGAAACGUAUGUCUGUGAUACGUAUUGUUUUAUACACGAGGGAUUGCAAUUCCACAAAAUAGUGUUCUCUUUGUAAAAAACGUGUCAUAGUUGUUUUUUGGAUUUUGAAAAGGGAGGUUUUUGUGCAAGUGUUCACUGCCGAAAGCGAUUUGUAGGGUUCAUUAUCCCUUCAGGUAAACCGCCAUUAGAGGUACAUUUUCUAAUCACCUCAUCAGUUUUGUGCAUACUCUCUUCGAUGCGCGCGCAGGCUUCUUAGUUGAGCCUGUUGUGACCAUUGUGGCCAUUUUUCCUGUGUUCUUGUAUCGUGUCUGAGUACUUGUGGUUUGUGGAGUUUUGGCGGCUAAACUAAGUUGAUGCAUUCAAUAAAAUAUUGUGACAAAAUGCAGCAAGUUGAGCCUCCUAUUCAAAACAACACAAGUGCGGCGAGCAGAAUGAGUGACACAAACAACGACAGAGAGCCGCCACCUCGCAUCGAGCCGGUGAAUGGCGUGGUGCAACCGCCCGUCCAGCCGCCACCGGACAGACCGGGACGCGUCACCAAUCAGCUGCAAUUUCUGCAAAAGACCGUACUCAAGGCAGUUUGGGGACAUCAUUUCGCUUGGCCGUUCCGGCAGCCGGUCGAUGCCAAGAAAUUAAAUCUUCCUGACUACCAUCAAAUAAUCCAGACGCCGAUGGACUUGGGAACAAUAAAAAAACGUUUGGACAAUAACUACUACUGGUCGGGUAAAGAGUGCAUCCAAGAUUUUAAUACGAUGUUUACGAACUGUUACGUGUACAACAAACCGGGCGAGGACGUUGUCGUGAUGGCGCAAACGUUAGAGAAAGUGUUUCUUACGAAGGUGGCCGACCUGCCGAAGGAGGAGGUAGUGGUAGCGAAGGGGGCCAAAGGGAAGAAGGGACGCGCGUCCGGAGUGGUCGGCGGCGUCGGUGCUGGACGCGGUCGACCUCCGGCAGCCGUAUCGUCGACGGUCGCCACCCCAGUAGCAACAUCCACAGGGUCUGUCGGUCUACCUCUCGGCACGCAAGCCCCCCCGACCAUCCCCGGCAGCACGGCGACGACGACCAUCGCCCCGGCGACGACGCAUUCGACCUUGCCCCCGCAGCCUCCAAUCGCCCAGGCGCCCAACUACCACGUGGCGCCGCCGAUCGUCAACUCCCUGGACACCACCAACAACCUGACACCGAAUACAGUACUUCCCGGCAACGUCGUACCUCCGUCGCAACCCGCAAAGGUGAAAAAGGGCGUUAAAAGAAAGGCCGACACAACGACACCGACGGCAACGGCGUACGACUACAAUCCACAGCUGGAGUCGUCCAAGUCGGCGAAGAUAUCGACGAGGCGGGAGUCGGGCAGACAGAUCAAAAAACCGAGCAUGGACGUCUUCGUGCCGUACCACCAGGCGAACAUCACGCCGCCGAUAUACACGUCGACGCCACAGAUGCCAGCGCACAAACCGAAGGAGAAGCUGUCCGAGUCGCUCAAGUCGUGCAACGAGAUCCUGAAGGAGCUGUUCUGCAGGAAACAUUCGAGUUACGCGUGGCCAUUUUACAAACCGGUCGACGCCGAGCUGCUGGGUUUGCACGAUUACCACGAGAUUAUAAAGAAACCUAUGGAUUUGGGCACCGUCAAGCAGAAGAUGGACAAUCGAGAAUAUCGUAAUGCACAGGAAUUCGCUGCCGAUGUUAGACUGAUAUUUACAAACUGCUACAAAUACAAUCCCUCGGAUCACGACGUCGUAGCGAUGGCGAGGAAGCUACAGGACGUGUUUGAAGUGAAUUUUGCAAAAAUCAGAUUCGCCAAAAUCCCCGACGAGCCCGUCAACAGGAUAGGGAUGGCGCCCAAGUCCGAGUCGAGUUCGUCAGGGUCGAGUUCGGAAUCGUCCAGCGAUACGGAGGAUUCCGAAGAGGAAAGUCGGAACAAACAGCUAAAAUUACUGGAGAAAGAGUUGAUCGCUAUGCAAGAGAAGAUGCGCAAGCUGGUCGAAGAAAGCACGAAGAAGAAGAAAGAGAAAAAGAAACAAAAAGAAAAAGAGAAGACAAAAAAAGUUAUGCCGAACAGUAGUUCAAUGGGUAAGCCGGGGGCACACAACGCCCUCACAAAAACCAAUUCCGUUAUCUCAGACAGUGUCGAGGACAGUAUAGCGAGUGUUGUCUCAGGAGCAGAUCUCAAGAUGUCGACAGGCGAGCAAGUCGGCGCCGGCGGCGGCAAGUCGAUGAACAUGCACCACAUGGCGGCGGCGGCGGGGGCGGCGCCGCCCAACACGUCGUCGUCGCUCAAGCCGCCGAAGAGCAAGAGCGUGCGGGGCCCGAAGCCGGCCGUCGCGUCGAACACGCCGGCGAAGCGGGGCAAGAACAACAGCAAGACGGGCGGCGGCAGGAAGAAGUCGACGUCGCAAGCGCCGAACAUGAACUACGACUCGGAGGACGAGGACAACGCGAAGCCGAUGUCGUACGACGAGAAGCGGCAGCUGUCGCUCGACAUCAACAAGUUGCCAGGGGAUAAACUCGGACGCGUGGUGCACAUAAUCCAGUCCAGGGAGCCGUCGCUUCGGGACUCCAACCCGGACGAGAUCGAGAUCGAUUUCGAGACGUUGAAGCCGUCGACGCUUCGCGAGCUGGAGAGUUAUGUUGCCUCAUGCCUACGUAAAAAGCCACGUAAGCCUUACUAUAAGAAAAUGCCCGGCAAAUCAAAAGAUGAGCAGAUGGCGGAGAAGAAACAAGAGCUAGAAAAACGACUAAUAGACGUUAAUGACAAAAUAGGAAAUUCUAAAAAGGCCCCCAAGAAAGAGGAGGCCAACCGAGUAGAUCCGACGGGGGCCGGUGGACCUUCGGGCCGCUUAUCAUCUAGUUCUAGUAGUUCAGAUUCAGACAGCAGCACCUCCAGUUUGUCGUCUAGUUCGAGUGAUUCCAGUGACAGCGAAGCAGGUGGAAGCAGUCGACAGGCCAAAAAGAAGACAAAAAAAUCGCCUAAUCCUUCCGUUGGAAAUUCUAGCAUGAAGCCACAGCUAGCACCCGCCGCACUGCCAUCGACAACCGCCAACAACAAUACAACCACCACCACUACCACCACCAACAUACCGAAUAACCAAGUCCACCCGCCACUAUCCAACCAUUUGGACGUGAAAGCCGCCACGAACGCCGCCAUGCCAGCGUCGAGCAACCGCAAGCCAUCCAUAUCCGCCGACAAACCGCCCCUCCUGCUGCCCCCCGCCCAGCAGGGCAUCGCCUCGACGCCCGCGCCGCAGGCCCCCAAGCAGGUCGCCCUCCCCGCCCCCUCGCCCGACAAGCCCAAAACCAACGUCCUGUCCCCGCUGGCGCCGCCCUACACCGACCCGCUGGAGCAGUCGCUCGCCAGCCUCGAGCACGACAUCAUCAAGGAGCCCAUCAGCACGAUGGCGCCGACGCUCGGCCACCCCCUGGCCGUCCCGCCGGUGACGGCGCCUAAUCUCAACCCUCCGUUGUUGCAGCCCGGCAUGGGCGAAAUCAAGCCGCCCACCGUGGACAUGAACAUGCUCCCGGUCAACUCCAUGGUGCACAACUCGCUGGACGCCGACAUCUCGUCGCUGCUGCCCCACGCCGCCCAGGCCAGCAUGCUGAACAACGGCUUCGGGGGGCUGAAGCACGAAUACGACAUGGGGGCGAACAACAACGGCUUGUCCGCGAUGGGGGUGCCCAUGAACGUGACGAUCCCGUCGAUGUUCGACCCGCUGCCCCAGCAGCUGAACAACGUGCCCAAGAAGGAGCCCCCGAAGGAGGAGCGGCCCGAGGGGCAAGAGCGCAAACCGCCACAGAGCGACCACAAGCAGCACCAGCACCAGAGUUUCAACUACAAGAAGCAGGAACACGUUAAGAACGCGUCGUCGUGGUCGAGUCUGGCGAAGGCGAGUUCGCCCCAGAACUCCGCCACUCCCGGGGGCAGCAACCAGCAGCAACAGCUGCGGGACAGCUUCAAGGCCUUCCAGAACAAGGCGAAGGAGAAAGCGGACCGGGAGAAACAGCGUCUGGAGAACUUGGAGUUGAAGCGACAGCAGAAGCAGCAGGCGGAGAAGGAGAGGCUGCGAGUGGAGAUCGAGAGGAGGAGGGAGAAGGAGGAGGAGGACGCGCUGGAAAAGGCGAGGGGCGUGGCUUGCAGGAAAGCGGUGGCCGAGCACCAACAGCCGAUCGCCAGCCAGCGAGUGGAGGAGUUGAGGGCGUCGCCAGGGGAGGGGAGCAUUUCGCCGGGCUCGCAAAGCUCGGGCUCGGAGCGGACGGACAGGGAGAGGCAGAGGCAGCAGGAGCAGGAGAGGAGGAGACGAGAAGUGUUGGCAAACAAAAUCGACAUGAACAUGCAAAGUGACGUCAUGGCCGCAUUCGAGGGUUCAUUAUAAUGACUGCUUUACGUGACGUGCUCGUGACUUUCAGUGAGAAAAAUUUUUAUGUAAUUAUAUGUAUUUAUAAUAAUUUUAUUUGACGUUACAAAAAAACUAGACAUCGCUCAAAGGAGAACAUGUUUUUUUCAAAAGAGAACUAUUUUGAAGCUUCCAGCAUGAAGUAUGCUUUAUUAUAUUCGCAGUAUGUUUUUUUCAUAUUAAAUACUGUUAUCUAGCAUGUAUAUAGAUAGAAUUAUGUUGUUAAAUGUGAAUUGUACAGAAAACUGGGUUUAGUGAGUAAUUCCUAAGUUGUCGUAUUAUUAGCAGCAUCGACAGAUUUGGCGCAUUGUUUUAUGGACGGUACUUAUUGAGACAGGGAGAAAUUUUUUCGAGCAACUUUAUUGCCGAGAUGCUGCUGUUUGUAAUAAUUACAUUAAUAAAAUAUUUUUUCUAUAAAA